ACGUUAGCCCCCGCACCGCAAACCAAAGGAAGAGUGGGGGAGACAGACAAGAGGUGGACCAUGGAGCGGUUAACCUCAUGACAUCACAGUCUCGGCUCCGAUUGGCUACUGGCAGAAGCGUAGCGAUUUAAAGGCCAGAGGAGACUGCAGUAGCAUCACAGGGCAUCCGGCGCGCAGCAUCCCGGGAACGUACUGCCAUCAAACCUCAUCAGUCUUCUUCUCGCUAAGACACCGAACACAAACCAUGAAAGUGGCAUUUGUUUUUGUUCUGCUCUUUGCUGCAGUUCUCUGCCGACCAGCAAGAAAAUAUUCCGACAGUUCGGCAGAGAGCUCUGAAGAAAUGGUCAGACGACCCGCGGCUUCACUCUUCAGGAAAAAGAUGGCCGACUUGACUCGCUUCCGCGUGUCACCCUUCAGGCUAUUCCAGAAAUUUUUAGCACCCAUUGCUCUUGGUUCGGAUGAGAUUACGGCUGGUUCUGAUGAGGCGGCAGUCGAGAUUCCGGCUUUAGUCAACUUUGAAACUCCAGACGAGGCCGCAACAGACACGCCCUCCGUCGACAACCAAGAUGAGCCAAGUAAAGACGGUGAUGAUGAGGACGAUGAGGAUGAUGACGAUGAUGAUGAAGAUGAAUCAGAGGAGAGCGAAAGCGAAGAGGAAGAUGAGGAAGACAGCUCCGAGUCUGGCGAGUCUUCAACUGUCGCCCCCGAGACGGCGACGCCUGUGAUUGUGACGGAGGAACCCCUGCUGCCCACCAUCGUCACAGACACGGAUUCGGGCCGCGGUGACAGCAUGGGAGGAUACCCCAGCGAGUACAAGAGCUACGUCUACGCCGAGGAGAAGACCUACCACAAGGCUCCUUCAUCUUACAAGUCCUAUGAAUACGUUGACGCGGGGAAAAAAUCGGGCUACGACAUGCCCAUCGACAAUGAGGUGGAGAAGUCACCGGAGGUCUACAAGAGUGAGACCUAUCAGGAGCACAAUGACAUGCUGGAAGAGGAUACCAGCACUCCCGAGAACCAGGACGCUCUCCCAGCGGAGGAGGCGACCGAUGGCACAAGCGAUAGCGGAAGCUCGGCGGAUGCGGAGGAGGAAGAGCAGUCCGAAACCGAGCAGAGCAGUGAGGAGACCACGGCCACGCCUGGAGCUGCUGACAGCGAUUCGGAUGAGAGCGACAGCAUGGAGAGUGACUCAGAUGAGCGCGAGACGGGCCGUGAAACCACCGACAUGCCGGUGGUCAUCACCGCCAAAUAAAUCAUCCGGAAAAUCCCGUUCGGGUCCACUUCGGGAGACACUUCUUCCAGCAGGGACAAUCCAAAACGCUUGUUUACGAUCAUUUAUUGGUCGGGUUCACGGAAUAAUUGUGAGCUCAGUGGCACAACUUUAUUUGUCGAAAUUAAAACAGGUCUUGACUGCUGAAUUCCAAAAUUUAAUCUGGAAGAAAAUACCACAACCAAUCAAAACAUAUCAGGGUCGCACUCCAGGGGACGCGCAGUUGGCUCCAAAUGCGCGUCAUCAAUCCAAGCAUCAUAACUUUGAAGCCAUGUAUUUGCCUCCUGUGUCGUUGAGCGUGUUGCUUGCUAUCGUAUCAAAUCUGUUGUUGUCCUCAGUUCUUACUUUACACGACAUGUUGGCACCUGCCCCUUCAUGUCUAUCGUAACGUAUGUUUUUUUUUGUACCAUUUCUAAAGUAUAAAUAAAAUUAUUUUACUUUAAUCCAC